GCAGUCUCAGUGAACGUAACAGUCCUCAGUUGCGCUACCCCAUAAUUUCAGUCAGCGAACUUGUUCGAUGUAUGUAAACAGUCACAAAGCCAUCUGGUAAAAUGGUCGUAUAUCAAGUGGUAUUUGUUUCGUGUGAUGCCUGGUAGCUUUUAUUUGACGCUUUAAAAAAGUAGUUAUACCAGCCAUUUGUUCAAGACUAUUCACGAUUAUUAAUGAAUGUUAUGACAAAUCUCGAAAACGUGCGUUUUGCAAGAUUAUUGUUGUUGAAACGAUAAUAAAUGAUCAGGAUUUUUGGGGGGAGAUUUUACUAUGAGAAUGCAGGGUGGAAGGUGAAGUGAUUUUUGUUAAUUGUAUAUAUAUAUUUUUUUUCAAAGUCAACUGACGUGCAACUAGUGUUUCAUUAUAAAAGGGAAAACAAGAGUCAUCAAAUGAUGUACAACAAUGCAACAAAGAAUUUCGCAGUUCCCUAAACUGUGAGAGUAUCCCAAAACAGGACAAAGUGUUCUAACGAAGUUUGAGAAACGAAAUUCAUACAAAUCUAUAGUGAAAAAAUAUAAAAACCUGGGUACUUUAAUGAAUGUAAUAACUAUAAUUACACGUCUCACAAACCUAGAAAAGUUAAGUGUGCUGGAAAACGUGAUUUUGGAAUUUAGUGAAUUUGUUGCUACAGUAAUUGAACAUCUUAAAACGAAAGCAAAAAUAAAGUAUUAGGCAACCUGAACAUAAUAAGUAGCAUAAAUGCUAUGUAAGAAAAACUCAUAUUACUUCAGUGAAACUUUAAUCAAUGAAACGUUUCUGGAGAUACAUUACAAAAUAAUGAUGGUUAUAAGUCACUUAUGAAAGACCUUUUGAAAUCGUUGGAAUACGUGUGAAUAAUAGCAAGAUCAAGACCGCUUCCAUUCUGAACUCCUGAGUAAGAGGAAACGUGAAUAACUACAGGUAUACGAAGACCAAGAUGACAAGUUUGAGAUUUUUCAUAUUCUUUUGUUUUUUAAUAGCCUACGUGACAAAGGGAGUCCAGGCCGGAGCUGGUCUUUACAUGGGACCAUAUUUUCCCUCUCCUCUGCCUACAAACAUCACAGUUCACCAGAAUACGGUUGCAUACCUCCCUUGCACCGUCAGGCAACUUGGGGACAAAUCGGUAUCUUGGGUCCGCCAAAGAGAUGCUGACAUAUUGACGGUCGACCGUUACACAUUCGUAAGGGACGAACGGCUGACCGUACAUUACAUGGCGGAUACGGAGACCUGGACCCUCGUCAUAAAAUACGUCCAGGAGAGAGAUGCUGGAACCUAUGAAUGCCAGAUUUCGACGGAGCCUAAGAUGUCCAAGUUGGUUCACCUGAAUGUCAUCGUCCCUCAAGUUGAAGUAAUCGGCGACGUGGACAAGUACGUGCGCAAGGGCUCCACGGCACGCCUGGAAUGUACGGUCAGCUCCACCGUGCAGCUUCCAGACUACAUCUUCUGGUACCACUCGGGCGAGAGACUUCUCGAGUACGACCACCCGAGGGCGAAGAUAUCAGUUUCCAGGCGGGGAGGUCAAGGCAGUGAGAUGAGCAUCACUUCUACUCUGGUCAUUACAAAGGCCCAGCCAUCGGAUGAUGGAAAUUAUACCUGUUUGCCAUCAAACCUUCAUUCUGCCUAUACCAUUCUUCACGUGCUUAAUGACGAGCAUCCAGCAGCAAUGCAGACAGGAGCUGCCAUGCUGACCAAUCCACCAUCCGUAUGGGGGAUUAUCCUCAUUGUAAUCCUGGCAUUCAUCUUCGUUCAAGGCCAACAAGAUGUUGCUCUCUCGAGUUACGUCCCUGGAUCAGAUAUGGGAGUUCAGAUACUUCACUCGCCAAUGGAAAAUGGAGAAGAAAAAAAGGCUGUCGAUUCCAGAACUGAAUACCUCUCUCAGUCUCUUCUCUUGAGUGCAGCGUGUGUAAGAACCUUGGGUAAUCGGAUAAGAGACUCUCCUCUUCGAAAGAUGCGAAGCAGAUUGCACAGUUUCUGCCCAAAUGGGAUAUUCUUGAGAAGGGUCCUUCAGAGCCGCAUCAAGCAACCGGAACGUUUUGUCAGUAUUGAGGAGAACUCUAUGACAACAAAAGCUAAAGCCACCGACGCAGUUUUUAUAGCCAGUCCUGGAAAGAACUCUCGGCCGUCCCUCCAGAUGUCACUAGUGAUGUUAGUCGUUUCUUGUAACGUUGUUUUGACUGACGACUCUGGGAUGUUACUUAAAUGUUCAUACUGAAUGAAAACAACAGAGAUUCCAAGAUAUAUGGAGUAUAAACUUUCAUUAUGUACGCCUGAAUGAUAUUGAAGAGAUGUAAUUUUACACAUAUUGUAUAUAUAUUUUGUAACAAUGGAAAGAGUUUAUGAUACCAUGAUACUGAUCACAAUCUCUCAUGUAUGAGGAUAUAUAGUUUUUACUUGAUGAAAGUCAUGUCAACCACCCUAGCUUUAAGCCUACAAAGAUAUACCAACAUAAAUAAACUACAGUGUCUUUGUUCUCACGGAUGACUGAAUGAUUAUACGUUAACUGGGAUCGCAAGGACCAAUUUCUCCAACUCCGAAAAAUUUAUUAAUAAAGUCUUACUUUUUUUUUGCCAUCAAUCUCUUACAGGGAACGACCAUGAACACAUGCUGUUCAAAUUAUAUAAACUAAAUCAAUCUUAUCAACAAAUAUAAUUUUGAGUGGCCAUCUUUGAAUGAGAGAAUGUUUUGAAUAAAAAUUUGAUAAAAUCAAAACUCAAUAUUUUACCAAAUAUAAUGCGAGUACUUAAAUGGCAAAAUAUAAUCUUUUUUUUAUACAUAUGAUGACUGUAUUUUUUGGGAAAGUAUAGCUAAGCACUGUUAUUCGAGAAUGCUAUCAAUAUUAGCUAUUUUGUUCAAAUUCUGCGAAAUUCAAAUAAGGAUGGAAGAAAGAAAGUGAUUGUGGUAAUAAACACAAUAACCCCACUAUCA